CUCAUGCAGCAUCCUUCCCUCACCUCUUCUACCUUUCUCACUCACCUCCUCGAGCCUCCGUCUGCCCGCCGCCCUCCUCUCCAUCACCUACUAACACACAUCAUUUCUCGCCUCUUCCUCGAGUCUCGUCUCUGCCUCCUCCUCCUACUCCUCCUCCUCCUCCUCCUCCAUCUCCCGCCGGUUUUCCCUCCUUCUUACAACACUCUGCACCCACUAUUCACACACUCAUGCUCAUUGGCACCCAAGGACAGAACAGCUUCUCGUCUGAACCGGCGAUGGUUUGAUCCUUUUGGCUAGACUUCUUGACACUGAGCUCAGCUGAGGAAGAGGACAAGGACAGAAAGAAGGCAUGGAGCACAGCCACAUCUUCCCUGUGUCCCACCACAAUGGAAGCACCGGGGGAUGCCCUCUCGGACCUCUGCCCGUUAUCUAUUACAGCGUCCUGCUCUGUCUCGGCCUGCCUGCUAACAUCCUGACUGUGGUUAUCCUGUCCCAGCUGGUGCUGCGUCGUCAGAAGUCCUCCUACAACUAUCUCCUGGCUCUGGCUGCUGCUGACAUCCUUGUUCUGCUCCUCAUUGUGUUUGUUGACUUCAUCCUGGAGGAUUUCAUCUUGGCUUCCUUCCUCCCUCCAUCCAUAAACAACGCAGUGCAGGUUCUGGAGUUCUCCUCAAUCCACACCUCCAUCUGGAUAACAGUGCCUCUCACCAUCGACCGCUACAUCGCUGUUUGCCACCCACUUCGCUACCACACAGUGUCCUACCCUGCUCGAACACGCAAGGUGAUAUUUGCGGUGUACGUCGGCUGUUUGCUAUCCGCGGCCCCCUAUUACUGGUGGCCUGAGUUCUGGCAUAGUCUACCUGGGGUGGGCAAAAGCGAUGAAAGAGGAGGAGGAGGAGGAGGAGAAAGCAGCAGAAGAACAGUGGCCGAGCAUGUCCUAGUUUGGGCUCACUGCGCCACCGUCUACCUCCUUCCCUGCACCGUCUUCUUCUCCCUCAAUACAGGCAUCGUGCGGAAGCUGCGAAAGCGCCGCAACUGCUUCAGGUUGCGUGGCUAUUCCACCGGCAAGACCACCGCUAUUCUCCUCGCCAUCACCUCUGUUUUUGCCAUUCUGUGGGCUCCACGCACCGUAUUGAUCCUCUACCACUUCUACUCUCCACCACCCACCUCACAAAGUGCCGGCCGCCUGCUCCACGUGCUCACCGACGUGGCAAACAUGCUUGCUUUGCUCAACACUGGCGUCAACUUCUUCCUGUACUGCUUCAUCAGCAAGCGUUUUCGGGCCAUGGCGACCAACAUGCUCCGAGCCCUCAUCCACUGCCGGAAGCAGCCGAAGCCAUUUUACGCCAGUCACAACUUCUCCAUCACAAGCAGCCCUUGGAUUUCACCAGCCAACUCUCACUGUAUCAAGAUGUUGGUGUACCAGUAUGACAAAAAUGGAAAGCCCAUCUGCAUCUCCUCUUGAGUCCACACUACCAGCAGUGGUCCCUCAAAUCUUUCAGACAAACUUUGGCCACAUGGGACUCGUCGAGGUCACACAAGUUUGACCUGUUAGCGAUAAUAAAAUUGAUGGCAACAACACACAUCAGACGCAUGGUGCAAAAUUUCAAAGCCUCUUGUGAUCAACAAAGUUAUCAUAAAGCAGCAAACAGCAUCAGUUAGAUGCUGUUUAGUCCCUUCAUGCAAAAAACACAUCUGCCGAGGACUAAACUUUAGGACAGAUGAAAGCAUAUCACCACCACCUACCAGUGAAAAUGAGCCGCCAUUUGCAAAACAUAAAAUAACAAAACAAGAUGAUGAGUCCUUGGUGAAUCAUCAAAUAUGUUUUGGUCAUGGAUAUUCAUGGCAGAAAAUGAGAACGAGCUUUUCACAUGAGUCUUUUAUCUGUUGGGGAAAUUGUUGCCGGUCUGACCCCUGCACAUCUCACCUGUAGGGGUGAUUCACUCAGGCAGAACCACGGACAGACUGACCACUGCCCAUGGUCGUGACUGUCUCUCUCUAUAAAUGUAAAACAGCUUGUCAUUUCCAUUUUAAUAUGCCGAGGAGUCUCAAAUGCAUUUUAAUUAGGGCUCUUACGAAGUGAACAACAGAUUCUGACUCUUCUCCUGACUGUGCUGUGCUCAUAGUUUGCCUAUAUUUCAACGCUCACAUCAGAACUCAACCCUGACCAUCACUGGACGAAGGAGUUUUCAUUCUUCUGUUUAUUGGUGAAAUAUUUACUCAUGGUAGAGAUGACUGUUACUGUAGCUUUGCAAAAACACAAGAAAAGAAGUAUGACUUGGUGUCAGUGUAGCACUGAGGUAUUAUUAAACUAGUUAUCAACUUUUCCAUUAUUAGAAUGAGGAAAUUUCUGCAACUAGGAGAUAGUCCUCUAUUAACUAUUAAUGGUCCCUGAUGACUUACUGUUAGCCAUCAUCCAGUUGCAUAUAAUGAAAGCAAAUGAAGAUGUCUUUAACCCUUUAUCUUUCCAGGAGACCGAGACAGAGAGAGGUAGAGAGGACCAGAUAUUUUGCUCUCCCUUCCUGUUGGUUUGUUUUCCCCAUCUAAAGCUUUCUGUCCCAUUAUGACGAAUGAAUUCGGUCUGAGGGCCAAAGCAACACAUUACAGGUCUCGUCAUUCUGCUGCUUGCUCUACACAUUUUACAGCAAACCACAGUCACAUUAGCUUUAUGCCAUUGUUGGUCUGUUGAAAGAACACAUUUAAAUAAAGGCAUUCCCAUCUUUUUUUGCUGUAUGGCUCAAAGACAGCAUACUGACAUCAGUGCACGUUCAUCCUUUAACCCUCCAUUGCACAUUAUUAGGGAUCAUCUAUCUAAUGGAGCUUUGCUGAAAGACAGAGUUCUACUAAAACAUGUCUAAAGGGAUCAGACACAUUAAGCUCUUUAGCCUGUAGCAGAUUUGAGCAUAUUUAGGAGACAAAUAGCGCUUCGAUGUCUGAGACACUUCAGGAAGCGUUGCUUUAUUUUGCUUUGUACUCUUUAAACAAGACCUUUUAAAGGGUUCCUACAAAUUUCUCAUGCAUAUUUUUGCAAGAGUUAAUUUUCCAGUCAUAGGUAUAGAUACAAUAGUUCUCUAAAAAUGGAAGAUACAGCAACUGAUGAUUGGUUGGACGGACGGACGGACAGAUGGAUGGAAUAUGUAGGCCACUGAAUUGAGACCUAAGUCUUAAAAUUAAAAUAUAUAAUCAGACUAUUUUCUUUUUUUUUUAAUGAAAAUCAAAUUCUCUACAUUUCUGCAGAUAUUUGAAGGCUAGAAUCCUUUAUGUAGAAGAAAUGGGAUGGAGUGGAAAAAUUAAUCUUUUACCAGGUCAGCGUCACUGCCAGAGUAAUUGAUUGUGGCAAAUGAUUAAUUUUGACUUUCAAAUCGAAUAACAUAAUGAGAUAGUGAAGAAAUUCUGACUGUUUGCAUAGAACUUACAUAAAGAUUUUUAAAAGUUGGAGAUGCUUUGUUUGAUCAAGAAUAUACAGUAGGGCAAAAAAGUAUUUAGUCAGCCACCAAUUAUGCAAGUUCUCCCACUUAAAAAGAUGAGAGGCCUGUAAUUUUCAUCAUAGAUAUACCUCAACUAUUAGAGACAAAAGGAGAAAAAAAAUCCAGAAAAUCACAUUGUCUGAUUUUUAAAGAAUUUAUUUGCAAAAUAUGGUGGAAAAUAAGUAUUUGUUCAGCUACAAACAAGCAAGAUUUCUGGCUCUCACAGACCUGUAACUUCUUCUGUAAGAGGCUCCUCUGUCCUCCACUUGUUACCUGUAUUAAUGGCACCUGUUUGAACCCGUUAUCAGUAUAAAAGCCACCUGUCCACAACCUCAAACAGUCACACUGCACUCCACCAUGGCCAAAACUAGAGAGCUGUCAAAGGACACCCGAAACAAAAUUGUAGACCUGCACCAGGCUGGGAAGUCUGAAUCUACUAUAGGUAAACAGCUUGGUGUGAAGAAAUCAACUGUGGGAUCAAUUAUUAGAAAAUGGAACACAUACAAGACCACUGAUAAUCUCCCUCGAUCUGGGGCUCCACGCAAGAUCUCACCCCGUGGGGUCAAAAUGAUCACAAGAACGGUGAGCAGAAAUCCCAGAACCACACGGGGGAACCUGGUGAAUGACCUGCAGAGAGCUGGGACCAAAGUAACAAAGGCUACCUUCAGUAACACACCACACCACCAGGGACUCAAAUCCUGCAGUGCCAGACGUGUCCCCCUGCUUAAGCCAGUACAUGUCAAGGCCCGUCUCAAGUUUGCUAGAGAGCAUUUGGAUGAUCCAGAAGAUGACUGGGAGAAUAUCAUAUGGUCAGAUGAAACCAAAAUAUAACUUUUUGGUAAAAACUCUACUCGUCAUGUUUGGAGGAGAGAGAAUGCUGAGUUGCAUCCAAAGAACACCAUACCUACUGUGAAGCACGGCGGUGGAAACAUCAUGCUUUGGGGCUGUUUUUCUGCUAAGGGACCAGGACGACUGAUCCGUGUGAAGGAAAGAAUGGAUGGGGCCAUGUAUCGUCAAAUUUUGAGUGAAAACCUCCUUCCAUCAGCAAGGGCAUUGAAGAUGAAACAUGGCUGGGUCUUUCAGCAUGACAAUGAUCACAAACACACCGUCCGGGUAACGAAGGAGUGGCUUCAUAAGAAGCAUUUCAAGGUCCUGGAGUGGCCUAGCCAGUCUCCAGAUCUCAACCCCAUAGAAAAUCUUUGGAGGGAGUUGAAAGUCCGUGUUGCCCAGCGACAGGCCCAGAACAUCACUGCUCUAGAGGAGAUCUGCAUGGAGGAAUGGGCCAAAAUACCAGCAACAGUGUGUGAAAACCUUGUGAAGACUUACAGAAAACGUUUGAUCUCUGUCAUUGAACUUUUGUUAUUGACCAAAUACUUAUUUUCCACCAUAUUUUGCAAAUAAAUUCUUUAAAAAUCAGACAAUGUGAUUUUCUGAAUUUUUUUUUCUCCCUUUGUCUCUCAUAGUUGAGGUAUAUCUAUGAUGAAAAUU